UAAAGUUGUGUGACACGUUUAGAAUCUGACUGCCACUCUGCUUUCGACCACCAGAUUGCCUUCACACCAUACAUUAACUGUUAUUUAUUGUCGACUAAACUUAUUAUUUUGUACUUGAACGGGACAAAUAUCACUAUGCAGAUAUACACUUCUGAAAAGCGUGGCUCCGAUACAACUGGAGACGGGACAGAAAAAGCUCCUCUAAAAACUAUUCUUCAGGCCAUCGCUAAGUUAGAUGGGAAAAUUGAUGCGGAUACGUGCAUCUGGGUUGAUGGUGUUGAAAAUGAAAUGUGGGAUCCUGUAUCUAAAUCGAAACUAAAGAAGAUGAUCAAACAAUAUCAUAUUCAAGAAAGAAAACAUGAUAAGGUGCCAAAGGGAAAAGUUCCACCUGCUGAAAACGGUAAUCUUAGUGAAGCAGUGUAUGUUCAACUGACUUUGGACACAAAAUUACCUGAAGCAAAACAAUGUAAAAUUCGUGAUUUACAAACCUUAUACGAUCAACGUGUACGUGUGUACGGCUGGGUGCAUCGAAUACGUCGUCAGAGUAAAACUUUAAUGUUCAUUGUUCUUCGGGAUGGUACUGGGUUCUUGCAAUGUCUUUUUUCAAACAACCUGUGUUUAACUCAAGAUGCAAUCACGCUAUCACCAGAAUCUACUGUCGAAGUUUAUGGAGUGGUAAAACAAUUGCCAUCUGGUAAGUCAGCUCCUGGUGGCAUAGAAUUAGUUGCUGAUUGUUGGACGAUGAUUGGUAAAGCGCCAGCUGGUGGUAUCGACUCUGUAUUAACUGUGGAAAGUGAUAUAGACACUCAGUUGGACAACAGACAUUUGGUUAUUCGAGGAGAAAAUACAUCGAAAGUGCUCAGGCUCAUCAGCGUUGCUUUGGAAGCUUUCCGUGCACAUUACCUAGAUCGUGGUUAUGUGGAGGUUUUACCGCCGACAUUUGUUCAAACUCAAGUCGAAGGCAGUUCUACAUUGUUUUCUUUGAAUUACUUUGGUGAGAAUGCAUUCAUGUCUCAGUCGUCUCAGUUGUAUUUAGAAACAUGUAUACCUGCCGUAGGUGACUGCUACUGCAUAACCCGUAGCUAUCGAGCUGAAAAAAGUAGAACUCGACGCCAUUUAUCUGAGUAUAAUCACGUUGAAGCGGAAUGUCCAUUUAUUGAUUUGAACGGUUUAUUAGAACGGAUUGAAGAUUUAGUUGUUGAUGUUUGUGAUCGCAUUAUGAAAAAAUCCGGUGAUCUGUUAUUAGAUGUGAACCCACAAUUUAAAAUACCUAAAAGUCCUUUUAAACGACUUAAGUACGAAGAUGCAAUUGUUCAUUUAAAUAAUUUAGGUAUUACAAAAGAAGAUCUUACACCUUUUCAAUAUGGUGAUGACAUUCCUGAGGCUCCUGAACGUCGACUUGUAGACACAAUUGGCGAACCAGUUCUGUUAACUAAUUUUCCUGCUGGAUUAAAAGUUUUCUAUAUGUUGCGAACUAAAGGUGAUCAACGUCUGACUGACUCGGUUGAUCUACUUGUCCCAGGCGUUGGUGAAUUAGUCGGCGGAUCAAUGCGUUUGGAUAAUAUUGAUGAUCUUCUCAAAGGAUAUCAGUCAGAGGGAAUAGAUCCAACUCCUUAUUACUGGUAUACAGAUCAGGUAGUUUGUUGAAUAUAAUGCGUUUAGUGUAUGAACAAAAUCCAUUUUUUGUAUCUCUUAACUAUAGUAUGUUGUCACUGUAUUCCCCUUGUUUAGUUUGUUGAUUAUUAGAGGAUAAACGAUAAUAUAUUUCGGUAUACUUUGCGUUAGAUUAUCGUGAUCAAUCAUCAGAAAAGUGUUGAAUCAAAGUUUCUGUUCUUUUUCCGUUCAAACAAUCGUGAACACUAUAUAGAACUUGACGCAAAUAUGAAUCAGCCCAAUUUGUCACACUCCACAUCAUCACAGUUAACAGGAUAGAAAUGAAAGAAGCUGAAAUCAUUGUAUCUUCGAACUUAGAAAACAUGCAAUGAAUUAAGAGAACGAUUGUAUAAAAUGAUUCAAGGUUUGAAGAAAAGUAAAGAACAAACACAUCUAAACCAUGUACCUUCUUCAUUGAUUGGUGACAUCUUUUGGCUAGGUUACCUUUAAUUUUCCUUAUACUAAUCAUCAUUUCAAUCCCAAUGGACUUGCCUGGUCGACAUAGCUUAAUUCCAGAUUUGGGUCAAUAGAUAUGACCGUAAUAGAGCGUCGAUCAAUAUAUUUGUGUUGCAAAACCCGUAAUAGACAUUUAAUCAUUACCGUUAACUAUCAGGUAAAUACCUGUAUGACUUUCUCAGGGUUUGCUACUCCCUAAAUAUAUAAAAUAUAAAAAACAUUUUAGAAACUGUUGUAGUCAAACUGUUUUAUUUAUGGUUUUCCCUAAAGGAUUUUAUAUACCCUUGUAAACUGUGAUGACCUUUGAUCUGAAUCAGAAUUAGUAUGGUCAACUCAGUCUCUAUCUUAUAUGUCUAUUAAUGUUUGAUCACCUCUAGAAUUCACCUAUCCUAGUCAUAUCGCUGUCUAUGUUCUUUUUUCAACUGUUACUGCUUUCUCAUGUUCACUCAAAAGUAGCGAAUUAGCUUUAUCAAAGAUGGGUGCUUCCUCCAGAGAUAUUACGGUGAAAAUUAGCCGUUUAGUGUUUCAUAACGUUAUACUUCCAAAUAUUUAUUUUGUAUGUAGAAUGCUUUAUAGCGUUUACUGUCAUUAACAUUUUGUUUGUUUGUAUUUCUCACCUUUAGCGCAAAUUUGGAACUUGUUCACAUGGUGGCUAUGGAUUAGGUUUUGAACGAUUUUGUACUUGGCUUUUAGGCAAAGAUCACAUACGAGAUGUUUGCUUAUAUCCUCGUUUCAUGGGUCGAUGUCGACCAUGAGUAAUAGUUUCACCAUAACUCCUAUAUCUUAGUAUGGAUGUACUCUGUUUUUGUUCUUACAUAAUCAGUACGAAAUUUUUUCAUAUACAUAAAUAUUUGUCAACACCUUCAAUGUUCGAUAAGAUAAUUCACGUUUGCUUGCGAUAAAUUCUAUUGAAAAACAAGUGAGAAUCUUCCACCUCAACGAGAACGAACUUAAACUUGAAUGAACUGUACGUCUAACAUAGAAUACUUCAAUAAUUAGCUGCUAACAAGGAAAAAAGACAAAGUAAUGGGAAAACUUAAUAUUCAAACUGAACAUUAUGAAACAGUACAACUCAGUAUACGUCGUAAUGAAAACAUGGCAGUGAAGCACAGAAAAUUAUCGGAUUAUCCAUAAUGAGAACAAGUCAGUAAAAGGUAAAAGUUAUGAGAGGAAUUGCAUUAGAAAAAAAGCCGUCUAUGUUACUGUUAGGAGUACUACUUUAGAAUUUUUAAAA